AUGGGUCAGACUGUGAGCCUGAACAUGCCGAAUGCUGGCAUAGAUGCCUCCAUCAGUCAUCGAUCUGACUACACCCAGAACUACAAUGACAGAGGAGGUGAAUGGGGGAUGGCGUUGUUGCAAGUCUACAUCUCUCACACCGGUCAAAUCCUCGCCUUCAACGCCGACUCGAAUGCUCGCGUCGACAACUUGCGGUCAUGGAUCGAAUCCACCGCAGGCGUCCCGGCCGGGCGCCAGAUCUUGAUGACUGCCCGCGGCAAGAACGUCAAGAACGUAUCCAACGAAGCCGAAAUCUAUGUCUACGAUAAACAAUUCCUCUCUACUGACUCUCGACCCCCCGCCAGAGACCGCCUCGGGUUGCAGCCGCUCUCUGCCCCCCCUUCCUCUCUUGCCGACGAGAAUAGCCUCAAAGUAUGGAAGGAUCUGUUCAUGUCCAGACGCGCCUGGGCGUUGAAUGCGUUCGAGAUAGCGAGGACAGGCGUGGACAACAUCGAAACAUGUGCAGAUGAAACUACAGUCAUCGGCCGAUCUAUGCAGGUGGCCUUGGACAAUCUGCAAACUAGUGUGACCAGUUUACAGCAGCGGUUCGAAGAGACGCAGCAGUGGGCGGAAAACUACAUGCAAGAGCAUCAAGACAUACUCCAGCACUGGCAAGCACGUGCCGAAGCACUCGCGGAGUUGCCAGUCCGUGAAGAUGUUGCAAGAGUCUUACGUCGUUCUGCGGAGGAAGCCGAGAACAAUCACAGCCACACCACUCCACCUAUAGGUACUCUGAUAGACUUGGUUGAGCGGGCUGGGCUUCAAGCCGCGGCCGAUAGCGUCGAACAGAACUCAGUGGAGUUCGAGCAAAAGCUCAGAAAGUUGCAAGCAGACAUGGACAAGCUGAAGACCGGUACAGCCGAUGCACACAGCCAACCAACGCAAGUUGCGGAUAUCGACACGAACGCUCUGCUCGACGAAGCUGAGACAUUGGCUAAGCGGAUCACCUCUGAUUACGAAGAUGUCUUGCAAAUGCAGGAUAAUCCCAAAUCAGUUGCCUCGGUCUCUCGAAAGGCUGCUGUGCACACCAAGGAGCUGCUACCAGCCCUCGUGGCCGUGGUGGAAGAAAUCAUUCACGCCUCCAACGCUGCGUCAGAAGCCAGAAAGGCCGUUUCGAGCGAGUGGUAUUCGACACUUCAACAGAUUUCCAGCCUUCAAUCCCGUCUGGCUGAAGCACAAUCUGCCACCACAAAUCUGGACUUCCACGACGACGACAACUUACAACUGCUGAACCGAGUGUUUCAACUACCUCUGGUAUACGGGGCCACUUUAGUGGAAGCGACCAGAAGAUCCGAAUGGACCGAGCGGAUGAGGGCCGAGGUUGACAUGCUCCACGAAGAUCUGUCCCUUCAGACCGAAGAGGAGCAACGACGCCGCAAGAAAUGGACAGCAGCACACAACGAGUUCCUGGAUGAGGACUUGAACGCGAAAGACCCCUUGAUCGAUCUGAGAGCAUCAUCACCACGAAACUCCUGGCCAUUCGUGAGCAGGGAUGAGAUAUUUGCUUGGAUUGACGACCUGACCGCCUUGGGAAUCGACGACGCUGUUCAAGUACUCACACAGCGAAUGAAAGACCUGGAUGCACCGAUUCGAAAACAGAGGCCGAAGCCGUUCAAGAAUGGAAGCAUGCAUGACCUCAGACAGAGUGCGGCUCUACGCACGGGAGACGAGGUUAGGAAUUUACAGGACGAGAAAUCCCGACUGGAAGAAAAGUUAAGGGCUUCGGACAGUCGAGUGCGCAAAUUGGAAGACCUCCUCCACCGCCAAAGUCAGCUCAGCCGACCUAACAGUGGGAUAUUCGUGCCAGGCAGUGCCGCAGAGUUCGAACGACAGACCCCUUCACCAGGUCCGUUCACCAGACAGAGCGAUCUAUCCCGAAGAUCGUCCCUCUCUCAUCGGCGAUUGUCUAGUACACAAGAUGAAAAGUCGCUGGUGCAAAAGAUCGUUGCUUUGGAAGGUCAAGUUCACAAAUUGCAAGAGGAGGCUCACGCCGAACGACGUUCAAGUUCUGAGAGCAGAGAUAAGAUGCAUGAAGCCGAACUUGUCAAGCAGGAUCUGAUGGCCAACUUUGAGUCUCAGAAACAAGAAUUCGAGGAGGAACGUCAGCUGCUGGACGAUGAGGUGCAUAGGCUUAAGGUGAAAUUGGACGAAGCAGAAGACGAGCUUGACCGCCUCAACGAGUCCAGAGACCAUCUGCGCACGGAGCAGGAUCAGGUCAUUCUUAAUCUGCGGAAUGAACUUGAACAGAUGAGUGGGAGUGCGGCUGAUGAUCUGGCACAGACGAAGCGGAAGCUAGAAAUUGCUCAAAAGGAAGUCAGCGUGCAACGAGACAGAGCAGCCAGUCUGGAUCGCCAACUUCAUCAGGUCAAAGAUGAACGAGCUGCUGCACAAGCGCAGAACAUGACUCUGGCGAACCAACUCAGAGCCAUGGAGGAACAACAGCAGGAAAUCAUCACCAUUCUGCAAGGUGCGCAUUCGAAUCUCUCCCCUGCGGGCUCUCCUCCAGAAGAUCUGCGGCGUCUCGUCAAUGCUCUCGAGAUCUUGUCCGAAGGCGCAGCCAUCCACGCCCGGGGGUUGGAUGAAUCGUUGCAGCUUGCAACGGCAGAGAACAAAUCCCUGGAGGAAAAAGUAACUCACAACGAGUCUCAAAUCAAGUCUUUGACAGCAGAGCUAUCUAAUGCCGAAACGCGAUCCAACGAGCUUCGGGAGAGCCUUGAGCAGGAACGUAGCAAGAUCUCAGCCUUGCGAUCUGAGCUCGGGAGUGAACGCGCAGAAAUACACAGUCUCCGGGAGAAAUUUGCUGCAGGCGAGACGGGAUCCGGGGCGUUGAGACAACAGCUCACGUCAGAGGAACAAAAGGUCGCCGAACUCAUGGACCGCAAAGCCGAGGACGAUGGCAUCAUGCAGCACUUGCGACAUGAGAUUGAAGACCUGACACGUACUGCACGAGCAGCCGCUGAACGACAAGAGACACUGGGGCAGCACCUCAACAGCCGUGGUGAGAAAGCUAAGCAGUUGUCAGAGCGCCUCUUCCAUCACCACGACCGUAUCAUCCGCAUGCUAGAACAGUUUGGCUAUUCAGUAUCGAGACAGGAUGAUACAUUGAUUAUUAAGCGCGCAUCGAAAGUCAAUGCGAGUGUCGUCCUCAGCGGUGGCGAAGGUACAGGGGCAUCCGUGAUGAAGCGUACCAUUUCAGGCUCGGUCCCGGCACAGCACUACUCGGACCCUUCAGAUUUGGAAACACUUUACUGGAUAUCUGACAACGAUCCGGAUUCCGAGUCAGGCAAAUAUACCAACUUCCUCACUGCCAUGCAGCGACUAGAUAUCGACAGCACGAUCGACCUCCUUACGAAGCGCUACAAAGAUGUUGAGAGCCUGGCCAAGAAGUACCAGAAGGAAUCACGGGCGUAUCGCGAGCGAACUCACCGAAGUCAAGCAGAAGCACACGACAAGAUUGCAUAUCGGAGUUUCAAGGAGGGCGACCUUGCUCUAUUUCUUCCGACUCGGAACCAGGCGACUCGACCUUGGGCCGCCUUCAAUGUCGGGGCUCCCCACUACUUCCUUCGCGAGCAGGAUGCGCACAAGCUUCAGGCUCGCGAUUGGCUGCUGGCUAGAAUCACCAAGAUCGAGGAGCGCGUGGUUGAUCUAUCUCGUAGCCUGUCGACGGGAAUGCGCGGCAACGUCUCUACCACGGCUAGCGUGGAUGACGCAGGAUCGAUGCGAUCAAUCGACGACGAAAACCCAUUCGAACUGUCCGACGGCCUGAGAUGGUACAUGAUCGAUGCUACUGAAGAAAAGCUGGGGGCCCCAGGCACGCCGUCUGUCGGCAAGUCGACCGUAACAGCAUCGAACAUCGAGGUCAAAGGUCAUAUGGGGAUGGGAAGGAAGGAGCACAAGUCAGGCAUGAGCAUCGGCGGUGGAAUGGGCAGUGCAAGCGCAACAGCGAACAUGGUGACCAAGACGUUGACUAAGAGCCUUGACAGCCGCCGUUCAAGUUCGGGGAGUAAAAAGAGCGUGGAUCUCAAAGGCAAACACGAUGUCCUGGCCGCUAGCAGAGGAGGUAGUGUUAAGGACGUGCCCUCCAAAGCGCCUCUGGCUCCGAUCUCAAGCGACACCGAUGCCGAGCAGUCUCAUGCCCGUGCCGAUGAAGCGAACGCUGAGGCCGAAGCUGACGCCGGUGCAGACGGAGACAACGCGCAGGACGCCGCACAGCCAGGACCCAAGUCCGGCACACAGACCGCUACGGCCAGCAUUGUGCGGCAGCCCACCGCGGCCAGCCAGACGGACCGAGAGGAGGCACAGGUCUUCGAAGUGGUGAGGAGGGAUCUCCUGCUCGGCCCAUAA